GGUUGUUUAUGACACCAGAGGAAUAGCGUAAGGGCGGUCUAUUGUGUGGAAUUUGAAGUGAUAAAUCACUUGUUAUAAACGAGGCCAAAGGAUAUUACCUCAAAUCUUCGUACUUUCAACCCGUUCCAAGAUGAAGGGAAAGGCAGCCUUGGGUUGUAUGGUAUUUGUAGCAUGGAGUCUAGCUCUAGUCGUACAAGCCGAGCAUAAAAUUGUUGCUGUUGUUCUCAAGAACCCUAACUACCAGGGUGCUCCAGUGUUAAAGGUUAACGCACACAAAGUAUUGUCAGUACCUUCCGAUCAAGCCACGAUACAGCAAACAACACCACUAGUUGCAAAUGCUGAUAACCAAGUAGCCACAAGCUAUGCUGAGAACGGUGAUGCUCCUGUUCCAGUAAUGAACGAAAAACCAAAGAAAGUCAUCAGAUACAAGCUUAUUAGAGUAUCCGAUGAGGACUUGAAAAAGGAAGCAGAGGCCAAGAAACUAAAGCAACUGAAAGACGCAGAGGAUGACAAGAUUAAGAAAGCUCUGUACCCAUGUAGAGACUACAGCCCAGUUUGUGCACGUUAUAAAAAUAUCUGGAAUCCCGGUGUCGCUCAGUGCCGAGAUGUAUGGAUGCAGAGGAACUGCCGUGAAACAUGUGGAUUAUGUAAAAUUCCAGUUGGCGUCUACCUCGCUUGUCACGACAUGUGGCACUGCAAGAAACUUGCUACUCACAGCUGCGUCCAUGAUUGGGUACGAAAAACUUGCAAGAGCAUGUGUGGUGGCUGUGAUGGAAGCAAAGGCAGCAAAUUCGCUCGGGUUGGAGCAUCGAGCGUCUUUGUAGGAAAGAAGAAAUCUUUGGUUGAAACGAAAAAGGAAAAGGAACAAGACGACAAGAAAGUCAAAACUGUCCAUCAAGCAAUCAAACUACAAGCAAAACCAAUAAAAGUUGAAAACCCCAUUCCUAAAGAAAGUAAAGACGAUGACAGCAAGAUAGAUGAAAAAGAUGAUCUCGAAAAUGAGCAAUCAGGUGAUAAUUCUGAUGACAAGGACAAUGACGACGACGAUGAUGACAACGAGAUGGAAAAACAACCAGCUGAUAGUGACAUGGAGAGCGAGUCUGGAGAUGAUGAAGACACCAAAGAAGACAAGCCAGAACCAGAGCCCAAACAUGCUGCAAAACCGGCCAAACACGCCUCUGUUCCCAAAGUUACAAAGAAACCAGAGCAAAAGAUCGUCGUACAAAAACCCGUAGUUCCAAAAGUCCAUCAUCACAAGCAGAAAAAAAUUGCAAAGAAAGUUGUUCACGACAAGAAACCUAAAGCUAAAGAAGUACAAGUUGUGAAGAAAGUCGACGACAAGAAGCCAAAGAAUCCCGUAAAAGCUUUGGUCACGAAGCACAAGAAACCAGCUCAUGUUGCACACCACAAAAAAUCUGCCAAAAAAGCGAAGAAAGUGAAAAAAGUUGCAAAGAAAAACUAAAUAAAUUUGUCACAAUAAAUAUGCCAUCAGUACCAACUUAUCCAUGGCAAACAUGUUCAGGAAAUCAUUCCUAGAAAUUACUAUAAUUUACUAGGAUUUUUUCCCUUCGAAUACCAACGGUAUAGUUUUGUUUUGAAUAUUUUCAAUCGAAAGUCAGAAGGUCUUACUUUGAAAGACAUUUGAAAUGUUUAAAUUUUUUUCGAUAGAUAAGAACUUUAGUUUAUUCUUUGUGUUGCUUCAACACAGCUAGAUAUGAUGUAUUCCAGGAUCCACAUACUGAAAUUCUGUUUCUAAACAAUACUGCAAACUUAGUCAAACAAUUCAACAUCUUAAAAAAGCCUUGUGAUUCAGUUCCAUACUUUCAGUGGCCUUACACUUAUUUUAUUUCGUUAAAUAAUAUUUUUUAAGUUAACAAACGUGCAGAAUGAGAAAUUGUACCGACAACUUAAUAAUUUAUGACUCUAAAAUAACAACUUAUAACAAAUAAAAAAUACAUUAGCUACAAGAAA